AUGCAAAUACCCAGAUGGAGAAACGUGUUGAUGCUCAAGAAUUCAUUGGUACCAGCUUCAUCACAAUCCAUGACAACAAAGACUCAUUUGGUUUCAAUUCAUACUACACCUAUUACAUGUCAGAAAUGGAAGAGCAAACGGGGUGAUGAGCUGAAAUGGGAGGAAAGUCAGAGUCUGAGAUUGAGGAGGAAUAAAAAAGAGAUGAAGCUACCUCAAGGUAUGACAUUCACCGGUAGUGAAGUGAUUAAUAGUGGGGAGAGUUACAUGGGAUUAUGGAUGAAAGAGGAUCUCAACAACAAUCUAAGAUAUUCAACACGCCAAAAACGUGCUGAUGCAAAGAAAGCAUUGAAAAACCUUCUGUACAAUAGCGGAGCAUCUAGAAGUUCAUUUGAGGUACAAAAUGUGCAUUUGACAAACUGGACUACUGACUUCAUCAAAUGUUCAGGUAAGCUAAGAAGAGAAAGUUUCUCAGAGGACUUUGGUGAUCCCGAGCCAGUUUUUCAAGCUGCAUUUGGAAGCAGAUGGUAUACGUGGUCUAAUAAUAAGUCUUUCCAAAGUAAACCAUCUGGAUUUGAGUGGAGAGGGUCUCCAAAGGGGAAGAACCAAAGAUACAGAGGAUGGGAUGCUAGUAGUGAAACAGAGUUUGACAAUGCAUUGUAUUCUGUAGGGUCACGUUCAGACAGAACAAUCCUUGGUCUGCCUCCAACCGGUCCUUUAAAGAUUGAAGAUGUUAAGAACGCUUUCCGCUUAUCAGCUUUAAAAUGGCAUCCUGAUAAGCAUCAAGAUGCUUUACAGACUUUGUCAAGUCUUGGUCAACCAGGGUCAUUCUGCAUCUAUAAGCAGGAUAUCCUAUCAUAUAAGGGUCAUUAUACUGGAAAGGCAGUUGCAGAAGAGAAAUUUAAACUUUGUGUUGAUGCAUAUAAAUCGUUAUGCGAUGCGCUUGCAUGA